AUGGUUUUGGACUCGAUGAAAUUUGCUCAACUAUUGGAAAAAAUUGAAGCUGAAGCUGAUCAGUUUCUACUAGCUCGAACUCAGAUUGUGGAGAAUGACAAGCAGAGUAAUGCAAACAGAGAGGCUUCAACCGCACUUAGGAAGAGAGCUCGAACAACAAAGACUUGUGUUCCUUCUCAUUUUGAUUCUAUGAUGAUGAAUGUUAAUAUCCAUGGAAGCUCAAUGGUCCAAGAAGUUUGCUCGACGUGUGGAUCUCAUGAUUCUAGUGAACCCACUUGGAUGAUUCUUCCAGGAUCUGAUAUUUUUGCUGCGGUUCCGUUUCAUGUGGUUCAUACAUUCCUAGAGAAAGACGAAGAGCAAAUGGCGUUUGAAUCAAAGAAGUUGCAGAGCUUAGUGAAAGAGAAGGCUCUUUUCAUAUCGGAACUUGGAGCUCUCGCUGACAGCAUUUCCCCAGGCGUUAUCAAAUCGUUAGUGGCGCUUAAGGGAUCAAGAUCCAAGGAACAAUGUUAG